AUGGUGCUUUACGUGGUGAUAGCAUACAUACUGGUCAACCAUGCAUUAGGUGCGCCGCCGCUGCGUCUGACCAUCGACUGCUCUGAUGAAAGGGAAACACCAUUCGGCUCCUUGCUUAGAUCAUCAGAUUACAGCAGAAGACCUCGUGUAGACAUUGAUUCGUUCUGCAAUCUCAUCCACAAUGCCAUCCCUAAAGCGGUCGAAAACGGGAAAUUUAUACUUAUUGAUGAAGAUUUAGAUCAAGAUGGAUUCAGUGAUACACAAGUACCAAUGGCAAUUGCACCACCAACAGGUUUUAUACCGAUGCUGGGUCUCAAAAAAUUGAAGGGACCUAGGCUACAAGUUCCGCAAUUGAAUGUCCCGAAGCUACAUGCGCACGCUGGUCUUCACAAAGCUCCUAGAGUAGGAUCCUCAAUUAAUAUUACACCACUAGUGAUAAAUGAAGAACAAUCAAGCGCAGAAAAUAUGGAGAAGUUAAAAAAAGGCGUUCAGAAAAUGUUACAUUUUGUAAAGGUUUUAGGCAAAAUUGAUCAGUACCUAUCGGAAAGAAUACGAAUAGUUGUCGAUAAAGUAUCCAAAACAUUUGCUGAAUAG